AUGGAAGACGAAAAUGUUAGAGACGCAUUUUUGAAGAAAAAUUACCAUGAGAAUUGUCCUGGUUGCAAAGUUGACAGAGCAAAAGAGCUCAAAAUUGAUGUUUCAUUUCGAAAUCUCUUCAACAUUUGGACGGUGGUUUUAUGCAGCUCUCUUCCUGUAUCAUCUCUCUUCCCUUACCUAUAUUUCAUGAUAAGAGAUUUCAAUAUUGCAGAAAGAGAGGAGGACAUAAGUGCCUAUGCUGGUUAUUUAGGAUCUGCAUUCAUGUUUGGAAGAUCUUUGACAUCUAUAUUUUGGGGAGUUGUAGCUGAUCGUUAUGGAAGAAAGCCUAUUGUGAUUUUAGGGGUUAUCUCGGUUAUUAUUUUCAACAUACUAUUUGGCCUUAGCACAAGUUUUUGGAUGGCGGUUGCUACACGAUUUUUUCUUGGAUGUUUAAAUGGUUCGCUUGGACCAAUGAAGGCUUAUUGUACGGAAAUUUUUCGAGAAGAAAAGCAAGGUCUUGGACUCUCAACUCUCAGUGCAGCUUGGGGCAUAGGUUUGAUAAUUGGACCAGCAUUGGGAGGUUAUUUGGCUCAGCCAGCAGUGAAAUACCCUCAUCUAUUUCCAAAAGACUCAUUUUGGGAUAAGUUUCCAUAUUUCUUGCCUUCCCUUUCAAUAUCAGCUUUUGCAUUUGUUGUUGCUAUCGCCUGCAUCUGGCUUCCAGAAACACUACACAACCACCCUCAUAGCAACGAGUCUAUUGAUGAUGCUGAAGCUUUAGAAACUGGAAACAAAAGCAUCCAAAAAGAUGAAAACCUCUUCCUAAACUGGCCCUUAAUGUCAUCUAUUAUCGUGUACUGCAUUUUCUCACUUUAUGACGUUUCAUAUCAAGAGGUUUUCUCAUUAUGGGCUGUUAGUCCUAGAAGAUUGGGUGGUUUGAACUUUACAACUGAUAAUGUAGGCGAUGUUCUCGCAAUAUCAGGUAUUGGUCUUAUUAUCUACCAGCUUUCCCUCUACCCAUCAAUGGAAAGAGUUUUCGGACCUAUAAGAUUUUCUUGCAUCUCCGGGGUUUUAUCCAUACCUCUGUUGCAAAGCUACCCCUUCAUAGCAAUGCUUUCUGGCACGACACUCUACCUAGUUAUUAAUAUCGCUUCUCUUCUGAAGAAUGUUCUAAGUAUGACCAUAGUCACUUGUUUGUUUAUUCUGCAAAAUAGGGCAGUGGAACAACAACAAAGAGGUGCAGCUAAUGGCAUUUCUAUGACUGCAAUGUCAAUAUUCAAAGCAAUUGGUCCAGCCGGAGGUGGUGCAGUAUUAGCUUGGUCACAAAAACGGAUGCAUGCAUCUUUUCUUCCAGGAACUCAUAUGGUGUUCUUUGUCUUGAAUGUUGCUGGAGGACUCGGAGUGCUAUUGAUCGUCACACCAUUUUUGAGACAAAAGAAGACAACACCCUCUGACCAGUUAGUUACACUAGCAUAA